ACACUACUCAGUCGUUCAUUUCUCUGUUUUCACCAUGCACUCUGUCGCCAAUGGAUUUGUCUUCGUGGUUCCGACGCAGCCUCUUAAGGAAGAGUGAAAAAACCAAAAACCCAGAUCCCUCUGAGCGAACUCUCCUGCCCCGAAGUGAAGAAGAGCAGCAACUGGGAGUCACAGAGGAACUGAUCGACCAUGUCAAGUCUUUCAAUUUAGACACUUUCAAGAAUUUCCCUCUCCCAGAUGAUGAGGGAGCUGACAAUUCUCCGACAACUUCGAGCAACGCUAAAAAAGAUCUAUCUGAAUGGCAGGAAAAACAUGCCACUCUUGUGCUCUCAAAAGCGAAGGAACUUUCCCAUCUGAGAUAUAAACUAUGCCCGGGAUACUUGAAGGAGCAUCAAUUUUGGAGAAUAUACUUUCUGCUUGUAAAGAAACAAGUGGCUGAAAUUAACGUGAUAAGAAGACUGCUUUGGAAUAAUGAAAGUUGCUUCCUCAUACAACUAUCUUUGAUACGAGCUGCGUGCCAUACAACUAGCGAGGCUGAAAGAAAUGGCAGUGGAGAAUGAGAAGUCUACAAAUUCCAUUGCAUAUGAAGUUGAAAUGUCAGAGGCAAAGCAGGGAGCAAGCUUCGCCCUUCCAACUCCAUAGCUUUAUGCAUUUCUUUUUAGGAGUAGGAAUGUAUUGGCUAGUCGACUGACUGAUCCACUGAACAGAAACGUAUUGGAAAAAUGUAGAAUCGUUUAUGCAUUCAUUUUCUUUUUCUUU